UCUUCAGAAAACAAACCUGAACCACGAGACAGUAAUCGUUCACUUCUAACGGAGCUUCAACAGGCUGAAUCUUCCGGUGCAGGGACUGGGAAAGAAUCAGACUCGACAGCCGCUGUUCUAUUAGAAAAAGUACCCAAAUUUAAAACAAAAGUGGCAGAAAUAAAGUGGAAAUUGAACAAGGCACGAAAGAAACUGAAAAUUGCCAAGCAAUAUGUAACACUCGCUGAUAAGGUUUCACUAAUGAGAAAAAAAGGAAAAGGUGCCAGUAAAGAUGUCAAGGAUAUAAUACGGAAGGCAGAGAUUGCCUUGGUCCACGCUGGUGAACACAUGGGUCUCGAUUACGUUCAUUUUUAG